CACUUUGAAAAUAAUCAUAAUAAUAUAAUAUUAUAGUAUAUUUUAUUAGAAAUAAUGGAGAAUUAUAAUGAUCUGUUUUACAUCUUUCUAUUUUCCGAACUUAAUAUGCUUCAAAGAAUAGUGACCAUCUUUCACAUGUUAUGAAGUCAAGGAUGGCUAGACCAAUGAUGGACGGGACGGCUGGCACUAGAUACCAGAUACAACCAACGAGAAAAACAUAAGAAAAAUCUCGUUAAUUCCCCGGGACCCCAUAAGCCGAAACAUAAAUUUCUACCCACGAGGCCAGACUGACCCCAGAAAUAAUAAUGAAUAAAUGUCUGAAUAUGGAGCGUUUUGGAAGUGUAUUCAAGGUGGUAUAAUUUAUGCAUUUACACAACUAUGUAAAAUGCUUAUUCUAGCAACAUUUUUUCCAACUAAUGAUGCAGCUAUUAGUACACUAAGUUUAGCGAAUUUUAUUAAAAGUUCUGUUGACCUAGCUGAUAUUGUUGGUAUAUUUUUUAUACUGCAAAGCAUUCCAGGGAAAGGCCAUGCUAAAAUUAUUACUGCUGGUGUUGGAUGGGCUGGUGCCGAAAUACUACUAACAAGAUUUCUUCUUUUAUGGGUAGGUGCAAGAGGUACUGAAUUUGACUGGAAGUAUAUUCAAAAAUGUUUAGAAUCAAAUAUAAAUUUGAUGCAUCAUAUUAUGACGUCCGCAUUGGUAUGGUUAUGGUCAAGGCAUGAUUUAUCUAAAAUACCAUCAAUUAUUUCUCCAGUUGUUGCUGUCAUAAUUCUAAUAUUUUUUUCUGUUUAUCGAACGCCUGCCAUUGAUUUACUCAAUUUGUGGGUAGUAAUGGAUGCAUGGUCCAUAAUAGUCCUCAAAGCCAUUUACACAUUAACAAUUAGUCUUAUUGUCUUAAAAUAUUAUUCAGGUCUUACAUUAUUAAUUGGGGUAUAUUAAGAAAGGAAUUGACUUAGUAUUAUUAUUUAUAUUUUGUUUAAUAUGUAUUUAUUAAUAAAAACAUAUUUAUAUUUUUUUAUUUCAAUUAUCUUAAUUGAUACUAAAGUAUAAUUUUGUUUUUAAUCAAAGAAAAUAAUGUGCAUAAAUAACAGAUAAAUUCAAAUAUUGUUAAAUUUUGAAGAUUUAAAGAUAUCUUGAAGUUAAAGUGUAAGGCCUUCCCACAAUCCUCUGAAAAGAAAAUUGUAAUUAUAUACUAAAUUAACAAUAAUGUUUUGAAAAAUAACAUGUUAAUUAGUUGUUCUAAGUGUUAAAUAUUGUUAAUAAUAAAUCAUUUCAAUAUUAGACUAUCUGUA